AACACAGGGGAACCCAAAGUCUACACCCCUUAACCUACAACCUUCCAAAAUCAUGUCCGGAGCUUUCGCCGACACCGCAGACUCCUUAGCGGCUAGGCGUGAGUGCGCCGGCUCCCUUGCCUCGGGUCAGCAGCACCCCGGGGCUGGGGCCCCUGCAGCAGCCGCACCAAAAAGUUUCAUCCACAACCUUAAGUUUGGAAACUAUCGUUUGCCCAGCGAAGGGUUCCCCUUAUUCCUGGCUGGCGGUCCAUCUCCUUGCCCGUCUCUCGGGGAGUGAUUCGGUCCGGGACACCAGGACUCUGCUUGGAGGCCUGCUGUUGCCUAAAAACCCCAAGCGCGGGCCUCUUCAAGACCCCAGGUUCGAGAUCCGAACCCUCCAGUAAUGUCCUCAGACUCCUCCCCCUUCACUGCAGCCCAGGCAAUACUCGGGCCUAGCUCCUGAGAGCGGCGCCGUUGGCUUACGUGGCAGCACGUGAUUGGCCACCGCUCCCUGGCAGGUCGGGAUUGGUGGGAGACGGGCCGACCCCGCCCCUCGCCCCCGCCUCCGGCCCGAGGCCGCACGGGUGUCCUCGCGCUGCUAGUCCGCGCGCAGUCUGGCAGUUUGCCGCUUCCUCGUCCUCCAUCCUGCGUCCAUGGCCACCGCUGCGACUGAGGAGCCCUUCCCUUUUCACGGUCUCCUGCCGAAGAAGGAGACCGGAGCCGCCUCCUUCCUCUGCCGCUACCCGGAGUAUGAUGGGCGGGGGGUGCUCAUCGCAGUCUUGGACACGGGGGUCGACCCGGGGGCUCCGGGCAUGCAGGUUACAACUGAUGGAAAACCAAAAAUCGUUGAUAUCAUUGAUACAACAGGAAGUGGCGAUGUGAAUACUGCUACGGAAGUAGAGCCAAAGGAUGGUGAGAUUGUUGGCCUUUCAGGAAGAGUGCUUAAGAUUCCUGCAAGCUGGACAAAUCCCUCAGGCAAAUAUCAUAUUGGCAUAAAAAAUGGCUAUGACUUCUAUCCUAAGGCUCUCAAGGAAAGGAUACAGAAAGAACGGAAGGAAAAAAUCUGGGACCCUGUUCACAGAGUGGCCCUUGCAGAAGCCUGUAGAAAACAAGAAGAAUUUGAUGUUGCCAACAACGGCUCUUCUCAAGCAAAUAAACUAAUCAAGGAGGAACUUCAAAGUCAAGUGGAAUUGCUAAAUUCUUUUGAGAAGAAAUACAGCGAUCCUGGCCCUGUAUAUGACUGCUUGGUAUGGCAUGAUGGCGAAGUCUGGAGAGCCUGCAUUGAUUCUAAUGAAGAUGGGGACUUGAGUAAAUCUACCGUGUUGAGAAACUACAAAGAAGCCCAAGAAUAUGGCUCUUUUGGCACAGCUGAGAUGUUGAAUUACUCCGUUAAUAUAUACGAUGAUGGAAACCUGCUCUCCAUUGUGACCAGCGGAGGAGCUCAUGGGACACAUGUAGCUAGUAUAGCUGCUGGACACUUUCCAGAAGAACCUGAACGGAAUGGGGUAGCUCCUGGUGCUCAAAUUCUUUCCAUCAAGAUUGGUGAUACAAGACUAAGCACAAUGGAAACAGGCACAGGCCUCAUAAGAGCUAUGAUAGAAGUUAUAAAUCAUAAGUGUGAUCUUGUCAACUACAGUUACGGAGAAGCAACUCACUGGCCAAAUUCUGGGAGAAUUUGUGAAGUAAUUAAUGAAGCAGUAUGGAAGCAUAAUAUAAUUUAUGUUUCAAGUGCUGGAAAUAAUGGUCCAUGCCUGUCUACAGUUGGUUGUCCAGGUGGAACUACAUCAAGUGUGAUAGGUGUUGGUGCUUAUGUUUCUCCUGAUAUGAUGGUUGCUGAGUAUUCACUGAGAGAGAAAUUACCUGCAAAUCAAUAUACUUGGUCUUCUAGAGGACCUAGUGCUGAUGGGGCCCUUGGUGUGAGUAUCAGUGCGCCAGGAGGAGCCAUUGCUUCUGUUCCUAACUGGACACUGAGAGGGACGCAGCUAAUGAAUGGAACAUCUAUGUCUUCCCCCAAUGCAUGUGGAGGCAUUGCCCUGAUCCUUUCAGGUCUGAAAGCUAAUAACAUUGACUACACAGUUCAUUCAGUCAGAAGAGCUCUAGAAAACACUGCAGUGAAGGCUGACAAUAUAGAAGUAUUUGCUCAAGGACAUGGUAUUAUUCAGGUUGAUAAAGCCUAUGACUACCUCGUUCAGAAUACAUCAUUUGCUAAUAAAUUAGGUUUUACUGUUACUGUUGGAAAUAACCGUGGCAUCUACCUCCGAGAUCCUGUUCAGGUGGCUGCACCUUCAGAUCAUGGCGUUGGCAUUGAACCUGUAUUUCCGGAGAACACAGAAAACUCUGAAAAAAUAUCCCUUCAGCUUCAUUUAGCUCUGACUUCAAAUUCAUCUUGGGUUCAGUGUCCCAGCCAUUUGGAACUCAUGAAUCAAUGUAGACACAUAAACAUACGUGUGGAUCCCAGGGGCUUAAGAGAAGGAUUGCAUUAUACAGAGGUAUGUGGCUAUGAUAUAGCAUCCCCUAACGCAGGUCCGCUCUUCAGAGUUCCGAUCACUGCAGUUAUAGCAGCAAAAGUAAAUGAAUCAUCACAUUAUGAUCUAGCCUUUACAGAUGUACACUUUAAACCUGGUCAAAUUCGAAGGCAUUUUAUUGAGGUUCCUGAGGGUGCAACAUGGGCUGAAGUGACAGUGUGUUCGUGUUCUUCUGAGGUGUCAGCAAAGUUUGUUCUACAUGCGGUCCAGCUUGUGAAGCAAAGAGCAUAUCGAAGCCAUGAAUUCUAUAAGUUUUGUUCUCUUCCAGAGAAAGGAACACUGACUGAAGCUUUUCCUGUCCUAGGUGGAAAAGCAAUUGAAUUUUGCAUUGCUCGUUGGUGGGCAAGUCUCAGUGAUGUCAACAUUGAUUAUACCAUUUCUUUCCAUGGGAUAGUGUGUACUGCUCCUCAGUUAAACAUUCAUGCGUCGGAAGGAAUCAACCGCUUUGAUGUUCAGUCCUCCUUGAAAUACGAAGAUCUGGCUCCCUGCAUAACUUUGAAGAACUGGGUCCAAACACUGCGCCCAGUGAGUGCAAAAACAAAACCUUUAGGAUCAAGAGAUGUUUUGCCAAAUAACCGUCAACUUUAUGAGAUGGUCCUGACAUAUAACUUUCAUCAACCCAAGAGUGGGGAAGUAACUCCAAGCUGCCCACUACUUUGUGAACUAUUAUAUGAAUCUGAAUUUGACAGCCAACUGUGGAUUAUUUUUGACCAGAACAAAAGACAGAUGGGUUCAGGCGAUGCCUAUCCACAUCAGUAUUCUUUGAAACUGGAGAAAGGAGAUUAUACAAUUCGACUGCAGAUUCGCCAUGAGCAAAUCAGUGAUUUGGAACGCCUUAAAGACCUUCCAUUUAUUGUUUCUCAUAGAUUGUCUAAUACCUUGAGCUUAGAUAUUCAUGAAAAUCAUAGUUUUGCACUUCUAGGGAAGAAGAAAUCAAGCAAUUUGACAUUACCACCCAAAUAUAACCAGCCAUUCUUUGUUACUUCCUUACCUGACGAUAAAAUACCUAAAGGGGCAGGACCUGGAUGCUAUCUUGCAGGAUCCUUAACAUUGUCAAAGACUGAACUAGGAAAGAAAGCUGAUGUAAUCCCUGUUCAUUACUACUUAAUACCUCCACCAACAAAGACUAAGAAUGGCAGCAAAGAUAAGGAAAAAGAUUCAGAAAAAGAGAAAGAUUUAAAAGAAGAGUUUACUGAAGCAUUACGAGAUCUUAAAAUUCAGUGGAUGACAAAGCUGGAUUCUAGUGACAUUUAUAACGAAUUGAAAGAAACAUAUCCUAAUUAUCUUCCUCUGUACGUUGCACGACUUCAUCAAUUGGAUGCUGAAAAGGAACGAAUGAAAAGACUUAAUGAAAUUGUUGAUGCGGCAAAUGCUGUUAUUUCUCAUAUAGAUCAAACAGCCCUAGCAGUUUAUAUUGCAAUGAAGACUGAUCCCAGGCCUGAUGCAGCUACUAUAAAAAAGUUGCCUUCUGAUUUCUGCAUCAUUCCAGCCCUUCUCUGGGCAGCCAGGAUCCAUCAGGCAGCAUUUGCCGAGUCUGCCCUGCAGACUCUGGCUGAGCGACGGAUGAAAGGAGUGCUCAGACACAGUGACAUGGACAAACAAAAAUCCACCCUCGUAGAUGCGCUUUGUAGGAAAGGUUGUGCCCUGGCAGACCAUCUUCUUCACACCCAGGCUCAAGAUGGAGCCAUUUCCACUGAUGCAGAAGGAAAGGAGGAGGAAGGAGAAAGUCCUUUGGAUUCUCUGGCAGAAACAUUUUGGGAAACUACUAAAUGGACUGAUCUCUUUGACAAUAAGGUUUUGACAUUUGCAUAUAAACAUGCAUUAGUAAAUAAAAUGUAUGGGAGAGGCCUUAAAUUUGCAACUAAACUUGUGGAAGAAAAACCAACAAAAGAAAACUGGAAAAACUGUAUUCAACUGAUGAAGUUACUUGGAUGGACCCAUUGUGCAUCUUUUACUGAAAACUGGCUCCCCAUCAUGUAUCCUCCCGAUUAUUGUGUAUUCUAAAAUAGGAAACAAAACUUUAAAUUUUAAAAAAGGAAGUUUUAUAGUGAAUGGAUAUAAAAACAAAUUUGUGGCAUUUUUAGUCUAAUGCAUGUUUUCAUCCACUAUCCAGUACUGAUUAUUAAAAUGACGUGUAUUUAUCAGAGAAUUCACUGACGUGUGGCUUAAUACAUGUAAAUCUAGACCUCUGACAUCAUGGUGUUUUCUUAAUGCCUCACAUUGCUGGCACGGGGAUGUGCCCUGCCUGCCAGCACCUAGGACUUCGAGUUGGGUUGCAGCUUAUGACAUGCAUGAUAGGUUUUGGAAGGUAACUUUUAACUGCAAACCUGUAAAGUACUAUUUUUUAUUUUAUAAAUGAACAGGGUUUUAACAUGCUCAACUUUAAUUUUUUUCAAUUGUAUGAAGGCCUUAAAAAAGCUACAUUAAGCGUAGCUAAAAUUAUUUAUUGGACUAAAAACUAACAGAAGUUCAUUUCCAGAUUUUUUUUUUUUUUUUUUUUUUGGCAAAUGUUUACAUUCAAUUAAGGGGAAAAAGUAGAACCAGCACAAAUGAGUGGCAGUUGCUGGAGCAUAACUGCUUCAAUAAAUCUUCAUCUUGGGGUAAUUACAGACAAGUCAUUUUCACAUCCUCUUGAAGUUCAGAGCAUCAGAAUGAACUCUAUGAAUACAUGUGUAAGUGCCAGACAGCUGAAUCUUUAUCAGGUAUUGUAAAGAUACACAGAUGAUAUGUUUAUUAAAAUUGAAAUAAUGUAAAACACGUGAAUAAAUUUGCAAAACCAAGAUCACAGUACACCAUAUGCACUCUGGUACCUUAAAUUUUUUUUAUAAAUAAUAAAAGUGAAUAUUGAAGCUUCUUAAA